AUGAUUUCACGGAAGGGGAAAAUUCCGUUGAAAGCUUCUCCCGUCUCGCUCUGCAGAUUCAUUCCCAACAAAAUGAAGCGUAGCUUCGGUUCCAAUUCUUCAGGCAACAGUGGGAGUAAUAAGAAGACUAAGAAGAAUAAUCCGAGCAAUCAGAAAACCCUAGGGGCCGCAUGGGGCGCUGCUUCUUCUCGUUCUUCUUUUCGGUCUGCCCCAUUUUCGGAUUUCGGAAGUUACAUGGAAGUGAAAAAUCGGAAACUUCAGAACCAGUUUGCAACCGAGGCUUCCGCUACCUCUAGUGGUGUGUCGGGUUCUGAGAAACUUAUCUUCCAAGGAGUUUCAAUCUUUGUGGAUGGUUUCACCAUUCCUUCCCAUCAGGAAUUGCGAGGUUUCAUGAUCAAGUAUGGUGGAAGAUUCGAGAACUACUUUUCUAGGCGUUCAGUAACACAUAUAAUUUGCAGCAAUCUUCCAGAUAGUAAAGUCAAGAAUCUAAGGGCAUUCAGCAGAGGGUUACCUGUUGUGAAACCCACAUGGAUAGUGGACUCUAUCUCUGCCAACAGACUUUUGGGCUGGGUUCCUUACCAACUAGAUCAACUGAAUGAUACCCAACCAAAGUUGUCUGCCUUUUUUGCACCCAGAAGCCAAUUGACUCAUCAGGUGGCUUCGCCGGUUACAUCUUGCCAGCCUGAAACUGGAUUCAGUGAAGCUGAAGAAGGAAGUUCAGUUCGAGCAGAAGAUUCUGAGGAAGAAAUAGACCGUGUUGAUGAUGAAAUUGAUGGCGUUUGUAUGGACAACACUACUCUAGAAAUGACGGAUCCAAUAAAAAAUGAUGAUCUGAAAUCUUCUGACGUGAAUGCAGAAAGUCUUGGUAACCAUGGCAAAGAAGAAAAAGAAGUUAGUGGUGAUCUUCAAUCCACUACCAAUCUGCAUUCUGCUUCAGACAACAAAUCCUUCCAUGAGAAUAGGAAGAAUGAUGGAAAAUCGAUUGCAACUGCUGCUGGAUCCUCUAUAAGGCGUCAUUCAACUCUUGAGGAUCCCAAUUUUGUAGAAAACUACUUUAAGAAUUCAAGAUUGCAUUUUAUUGGAACGUGGAGAAACCGAUACCGUAAAAGAUUCCAGGGCGAUGGACUGAAAUGGGCAGAUUCUGGCCAGCAUACAGCUGAAAAUGCGAAGAGAUUAACCAUUAUCCACAUUGAUUUGGAUUCCUUCUUUGUGUCAGUGGUAAUCAGGAACCGUAUUGACUUACAAGACAAGCCUGUAGCUGUUUGUCACUCAGAUAAUCCGAAAGGAACGGCGGAAAUAUCCUCUGCAAACUAUCCAGCUCGGGCUUAUGGAGUGAAGGCAGGUAUGUUUGUAAGACAUGCGAAAGAACUUUGUCCACAGCUUGUUAUAGUUCCUUACAACUUUGAAGCCUACGAAGAGGUAGCUGAUCAGUUUUAUGACAUCUUGCAUAGGCAUUGCAGAAAAGUUCAGGCGGUAAGCUGCGAUGAAGCAUUUUUAGAUGUCUCAGAUUUGCGUGAUGUAGAACCUGAGUCUUUAGCAUCAACCAUAAGAAAAGAGAUUAUUGAGACUACUGGAUGCAGUGCAAGUGCUGGGAUAGGCGGCACUAUGCUAAUUGCUCGCCUUGCUACCAGAGUUGCUAAACCAGCCGGUCAAUUUCACAUCUCUGCUGAGAAGGUAGAGGAGUUCUUGGAUAAGCUUCCAGUUGGCACACUUCCUGGUGUAGGUUCUGUGUUAAAGGAGAAGCUGGAGAAGCAAAAUAUUCAAACAUGUGGGCAUUUACGUUUGAUUUCCAAGGAUUCUCUUCAGAAGGAUUUUGGGGUGAAAACUGGUGAGAUGCUUUGGAGUUAUAGCAGAGGAUUAGACAUUCGGUCAGUUACGGCGGUGCAGGAGAGUAAGUCCAUAGGGGCUGAAGUGAAUUGGGGUGUGCGGUUUAGAGAUCAGCGAGAUAUUCAACACUUUCUCAAAUGCCUGUGCAAGGAAGUUUUCUUACGUCUACAAGGAUGUGAUAUGAUAGGACGCACUUUUACUCUUAAGAUAAAAAAGAGAAAAAAAGAUGCCGAAGAACCUACAAAGUAUAUGGGCUGUGGAGACUGUGACAACCUGAGUCGUUCAAUUACUGUGCCUGCUGCUACAGAUGACAUUGAAGUUCUGCAGAGGAUUUCAAAGAAUUUGUUUGGGUCAUUUUGCUUGGAUGUUAAGGAAAUUCGUGGGGUUGGGCUUCAGGUUUCGAAGCUUGAAAGCGCAGAUCCUUCUAAUAAAGGUUCAAGGACUCUGACAUCAUGGCUCAGCUCUGCGCCUGCCUCUGUUCAAACAGAAAAAGAUGAUGUUUUCCCUGCAGAAGUUAGGGAAAGCUCAGAUCGUAAAAGGCAUGAUACUGAUGGAGGAGUUUCUAGACUCCUAGAAUCUAAUUCAGCAGAACCCUCAGUUCAGUCAGGUGAUACAAAUUCAUCAUUACCCCCAAUGUGUCACCUUGACAUGGAAGUUCUAGAGAACCUUCCUAGAGAGCUUCUUUCAGAAUUAGAUGGAACCUACGGUGGGAAGCUGUUUGAGUUGAUUGAAAAAAAACGAGGCAAAAGAAAAAUCAACAGCGAUUCUCCAUAUGAAGCACCAUAUGUGCCGCAUCCUUCCAUUGCAAGAACAUCUAAUGAGCGUACCAUUGAAAUGACUGAUUGGAUGCCUUCAUCCCUUAGUCAAGUCGACGUCUCUGUGUUACAGGAAUUACCUGAAGAGUUGAGAACUGAUGUGUUGGGAGCAUUUCCAGACCACAGGAGACGACAACAACAGUCAUCAUCGGAUGCUCCCAUGGAAAGUUGUAAGAAACAGGAUGAAAAGCCAAUAGAUAUAAAGGCCGCUGAGAAUGAGAUUGGAUUCUCAAGUAGCUCUCUCUGGUUUGAGAACCCUCCUCUUUGGACAGAGAAUUUCAAAGCUAGCGGCAAUUGUACUUUGGAAAAGUUUUCGGAGAUAUACUUCAAGGUGGCUCAGUCAAGGCCUACGUUAUCCUCGGUCCUGCAGUAUGCUAUAUCUGAAGUUUCGAGUUUUCGUGAUGCAAGUGUGAAUGAUUUGGAGAAAGCUGUUUACGAUGUGUGUGAACUUCUUAAACAGUACAUAAAGCUCAAAGUGGAAGGUGAUAUUGAGGAGAUAUAUCUCUGCUUCCGCCUUCUGAAAAGAUUAGCAGGAAGGAGCCAAGUUUUCCUCCAAGUCUAUGAGAUUUUGUCUCCCUUUAUUCAGGCCUUGAUCAGUGAACACUAUGGAGGAAGCUUGAGUAUAUCUUGA